AUGAUGGUAGGGAAUGGAAGAACCACUCGAUUUUGGUUAGAUACUUGGAUAGGUAAUAUUCCUUUAAAAGAUCGUUUUUCACGUUUGUUUUAUCUAGAGCAAAAUCGUAAUUGUUCUAUAGCGGAGAGAUGGGAAGAUGGUUGGUAUUGGCUUUGGAAUUGUAAUUUUGAAACUGGAGCUUUACAAAGUCAAUUUGAAGACUUAUUAUUGUUGAUUCGAUCCUUUCAACCGAACCUAGAGGAAGACGAUUGGUGUUGGGAAUUGAAUGGUGCUCUCAAUUUCAAUGUGAAUGAAGUUAGAAAGCAUAUUGAUAAUGAGUGCUUACCAGAUGGUACUCUUGUGACUAGGUGGAAUCACUUCGUUCCUAGAAAGGUGGAAAAUGCAUAUCAUGUUUUCUUUUUAUGCGAAGAAGUUUAUGUUAUCUGGCAAAGGGUGUUUAGAUGGGUGACUACUGUCAUCAUUGUUUGGAAAAGGUUGGUGGGGUUCUCUCCGACCUCCGAUGAAGAUGUUUUAUGUCGAUCUUCCUUUGCUCUCCACCAUCAUUACUGUCUAGCAGCACUUCAAUUAACAACUUCUAACCAGGUCCACCUGCAGACUGACCUUGCUUCUUCAACUUUCAAUUUUCGUGGUCAGGUGCGGAAGCACGAUUGUACCGCUACUACAGUCACAUGGGUAAAUAACUCCAAAAACAACAUGAAUAACACCACACCCACAGAUUUCAGGUCUUCUGUUAUGGGUUGUCUGCUAAGAUAUUUCUGUUCUUGGAAUCAAGAAAAGAAGGUAUUUCGUUCAGACAUGGAGUUCUAUGAGGAAUUCACAACUACUUCAUCACUAAAGGGAAAUAGGAUUAUUUGACUUGAUUUCGAGCUAUAGUGUUCAAAUAUUUGAGAAUUCAUCAUGCCCACCAAGUGUUUGAUGUAAGUCCCGAACCAACAGUACCACUUCUGUAAUCAAUUUCUUAAAACUAAAUUGAUUGUUUCUCACCAGCAAUUCAGUGAUUUCGUUGCUUUAAAUCCAAGAUAUGAGUGGAGAGGUAAAGUUCUAAUUGGUGAAUAAAGACAUUACAUUAAUAUGAACAUAUUUGUUAAAGUAAAUAGUUGAUGGUUAAUAAACAAUUAAUAACUUCAUAUUGUAAGCGUUUGAUUCCUUUAAGAUUGUUAUGGAGAUGAAGAAAAAGGUUUUUGUUUUCUCACCAGUAAGUGGACUUCUCCUUCGUUGCAUUCCUUUUAUUAACAUUAUUCAUACUUUUCUAUUCCUUUUUUUGUAAUUUAAUUCAUGAAUCAUGAGAAUAUAUUCUUAAAUUUUGUGUUUGAUAAUAUGGUCGUUUAUCAUUUCAUGUUGACUUGGUCAAAUUCUUUCUUAUGUUUUUAUAUGAAGGUCUGUAUACUUCAUGAAUCAUUUAUAUGCAAGUUAUAGAUAAGCAAAUUUAUUUAUAGAAUAUGCAUUUUGGUUGUGUCAAUUUUAAUGUUUAAGCUAUGCUUCUUAUAUCAUCCUUAAUCGCAAGUAAUAUGAUAAUUUUGAUGACGCUUUCCUAUUGCAAUUCCCUUGGUAGAUUAAAUAGAGAGACAAAUAUAUACAUAAUCUGGGAAAAGUAGAUGAGUAUGUAUAAUCAAGUUUCCAGAAAGCAUUUUCCAUCCUUAAAACUUAUCCACAUGAUAGGUAAUUUGUUGAGACAUGAGAAUACUAUCAUGGCUUUUGACUAUAAUGUGAUUCAUGUAUUUUACUACUAUCUUAUUAUAUGUUAAUUAUAUUAAAUUCUCCCAUCUCUUUAUUUCUAGUACUCUUUUAACAAAUGCUUAUAACAAGACGUAAAAGAAAAACUUUUCUGAUGGUUUUGACAUUUAUGCUUUUUGUGGAUUUCAUGAAGGAACAAAUCCAUUUAGCCACAUUCAGCUCCGAAGGUAAUCAUUGAUUUUAUCAAUUGUUAAGGGCAAUUCUGUCAUUUUCACAUUCGGUUUGUUUAUAUUUUUUACUUGAACGACUGCUUUCAUAUGUGGGAGGGAACCAAAGUUUGAGCUCAAUAUUUGAAGAAAAGAACUAACCGAGUCAACUCAGUUGGGACGAUUUCUUUGCUAGGAGUCGAUCUGCAAUCAACAGCAAGAGUAAAUUAUAUUUUCGAUAUAUUUUUUCAUGGUUUAUUCAUUUUGUAAAUUUUUCAAGGAAUUUGUGAUUUUAUAAGAAUGCCUUUCUUUGUAAAAAAUUGUUUAUAAAGCUAAAUAAGUUUUAAG